AUGAGUGCCGCCUACUCGAACUCGUCACGGGCGCUUGCCUUGCUCUCCGAGGCCUCUGAGGAUGCCGUCGCUGCGCUCAAAGGUCUCGUAGGCGGUGUCGGCUCCGCCAAGUACCUCGACACUUCGGAAGACAAGCUGUCAACCAUCGCAACACAGAUUGACUCCAGUCAGGAUGAGCACCGUAUCGCAGCGCUGACCCGAAUCGUGGCCAUGAUCUCGAAAGGUCGAGAUGCAUCCUCCUUUCUACCCGCCGUCUUGAAGCUCACCUCUGCUUCCAACCUUGAUGUUCGCAAGCUCGUCUACAUUGUUCUGCUACGAUAUGCCAACAACAACCCUGACUUGACCCUACUUAGCAUCAACAGCUUCCAACGAGACCUGUCAGAUCCCAGCCCUCUCAUCAGAGCAAUGGCGCUGAGGGUCCUCAGCAGCAUCAAGGUCUCAAUGGUCGCACCUAUUCUCACAAUCGCCCUCACAAAAGCGUCACGAGAUCCAAAUCUGUAUGUGCGCAAGAUCGCCGCCUUGGCCAUUCCAAAAUCUCACCAGAUCGACCGAUCUCAGCUCGAUAGUCUCCAAGACGUUCUCCGCACCCUUCUGUCCGAUCGUUCGCCUUUGGUUCUCGGUGCUGCUCUCUCAGCAUUCCAGCGCAUGUGUCCGGCAAACUGGGAUCUCAUCCACCAGAACUAUCGCAAGAUCUGUCACGCGCUUGCAGACAUGGAUGAGUGGGCUCAGAUUGUUGCACUGCAGGUGCUCUCUCGCUACUCAAGAGCAAACUUGUCCCAACCUAAGGCAAAGCAAUCUGGUCUGGCGCCUCCUUCUCUGCAUACACCCUCUUCACCAGCUGUGCCAACACCCGAGUCAGAACCAGCUGCCGAGCCCACUACAUCCAGAAACAAGUCGGUCCAUCUCGAAGGUCUCGAAGCCUUCCUCUCCAGCCAAGCCUCAGCAUCAUCCAAAAGCAUUCGUCUCAGCAAAGCAGCCUCGCCGGCAAUGUCAGCCACACCCUCCCGCUUACCUUCCAACAUGGACCGCGACCUUGAGCUUCUCCUCACCAAAUCGCAAGGUCUCUUACAUAGCCGCAACCCAGCUGUAGUCCUUGCAGUCGCUCGACUCAUUCUCUACCUUGCACCUGCCUCCGAUCAUGGCAUGCUCACCCGCCCCCUAGUGCGAUUGUUACGCUCCACCCCAGAAGUCACCUAUCUGGUCUUGCUCAAUAUCCUCGCUAUCUCUCGCCGACGACCUUCUCUCUUCGCACCCUACCUGACGUCUUUUUCCCUUGGCGCGUCUCACGAGGAACCUAUCUUCGUCUCGCUGCUCAAGCUCGACCUUUUCGUUACGGUCUGUAACGCGGGCAACCUCAGUUUGGUGCUCACUGAGAUCGGCAGUCAUAUGCGCUCAGCUGAUGCAGCCAUUGCUUCACAUGCUGUUUCGUGUCUUGGAGAGCUGGCGUUGAGGAAGGAUCUGGAUGCGAGUCCGAGGUGUCUUGCCUCCUUGUUGGAUCUAUUACGGAAGAAGAAGACUGGGCCGCGAGUGGGUGAUGCUACUAUCGCGCGGGCGGUGUUGGUGAUCAAGAAUCUCUUGCAACUCGAUGUAGUGGGUGGAGCUGAAGCCGGUACAGAGUCGAGAAGAACAGCUGCUAUCGUAUACCGUCUGGCUGCAUUGCUUUUUGGCACAGUUCCCAAAGCUGCUGGAGCAGGAGAGAAGCAGAAACGCAAACCAAAAGUAAAGGUCGUUGGCAAAGGAGCUAUCCUACACCCUGAGGCAAGAGCAAGCAUUCUCUGGCUGUUGGGUCAACACGCGCGCCAAUCCAUCUCCAUCUCCGAACCCAGUUCGUCACGUAAUCAGGAACAAGAAGGUCGAACACUAGCAGAACUGAUCGUACCAGAUAUCUUGCGUCAAUGUGCGGUCAACUUUGCCAACGAGUCUUCUAUGGUCAAGCUUCAGAUCUUGACAACGUCGAGUAAAGUAUUCGCCUUUCUGCCGACUGCAUCAACCCCUACGCCGACGUUGGAAGAAGGAGGUCAAGGGAGGUCAGAGCGCUUGAUGGCAACAGUGACUGUUUUGCACUUCUAUUUGUUGAAGCUGGCUAGGUACGAUGCGGACUUUGAUGUGAGGGACAGAGCGAGGUUUUUGAAGGGGCUGACAGGGCCACUUACCACUCAAAAGCUCAAAGUGACAGCGACGACGAAUGCUGGCGAAGAAGCUCCUUCAAUUAGUGGACAGAGCGUGGACUCGAUCCAAGCAGCGAUAGAAAGAGCAGCACGAUCCAUCGGCGAGACAGCAAACGAAGACGAUGCGGAUCUAAAAGGUGUCCGUUUGCGUCGAGAGCAAGUCAUUCAUGUUCUGUUCGAAGGCAAGACUCUUCCAACCUCCGUCGAUGCACCCAUCAUCGAAAAGGCUGAGACGGACAAAGCUGCCCUCAACGCCGAUGGCCCAGAAAUCGCAUCUCUAUCCCUCGUUCUCGGUGGAAAACUCAUCAAAGGAUGGCUCGAUACAAAGCUUCCACCCUGGACCGAAACCCCAACUUCAGCAGACAUACGAGAACCACCCACAGUCACAGCACCCUCCCAUCCAUCACUGCAGAACACAACACUGUCCAACCUCAAAUCCUUCUCUUCGAGCGACUUUGCCGCUUCCUCUCCCCUCUCCAGAUCACCGGUCGUGUUGACACCGGGCAAGGGAACAGCUACCCCGCCAACGAGAGGCGCUACACCAAUCGAGCUGGAAGCAUCGACCACUUCAGCUCAGGCUCAACAGAAGUAUAAGGACUUGGAUUCGUUCUUGGAUGAAAGCGAUGAGGAGCAGGAGACGGAGGAGGCGUAUCUGGACGACUCAGCGCCUGAGGAUGACGACUUCCGUGGGCAGAACGACUGGGAUGAUCAGGGUGAAGAUGACAAUGAUUCAGACAAUGAUGAUGAUGAUGAUGAUGAUGAUGAUGAUGAUGAUGACGACGAUGAGGAAGAAGAGGAGGAGGAUGAAGAUGACGAGAGCACAGAGGAGAAAGACUAG